ACCCCAGAAGAGAGAGAGAGAGUAUGAGAAGAGGAGAGAGAGAGGAGGGAGAAAUAAAUAAACCCGAAUUCAGCCAAACUUCUCUCUCUCCCACCUCCCUUACAUCCUCUCAUCACCACCCCCACCCUCUUCCCCCCUGUCUUUCUCCCUCCCCCUCUUGACAAAUUUUCCUCCACCCAUUCCCUUCCUCCUCUUCUCCACCCACUCCACCGAUCCCCCUCUCUCGCUCUGAAUUCUCUCUCGUCUUGCUCACCGUACCAUCUAUUCUGCUGCGUCGCUCUUGGAAUCAAUCCGUUCUUGUUUCCUCCGUCUGUUGGGUUGAUUCUCUCUCUUUCUCUCCGUGGAGAGGAUCAAGAAACAGGACAGAGGGGGAGUUUAAAGAGGAGAAAUCCAAACACUUUCGUUGUUCAUCCUGGAUUGCGAUUCUUGCGAGUUGGUCAGAAACUCUGGGACAGUUUCUGGUCUUUUAAACCACUACUUGAAAGACCAGCCAUCUGAGAUGCAACGGCCACACAUCAAUUGAGAUCUCGCUGCUGUAGUUGGGCCACAAUGCAAGGGCAGAGGAAUUCCAUGGAGCAUUUUGCUGAUGUUUUUGGAUUCGACGUUGCAUCUAGUUCAGGCAACCCAGUGAUGGAUCAGCAGGCAUAUUGGAACAAUGUUCUCGGAUCAGUAGAAUCACAGAAUCUUCAAGGCUAUCAGAUGAAUCAUAGUGAUGCCACCAUCCCCUAUGGAAAUGAGCCACAGCAAGAUGGCACAUUUCUUGGUUUCUGGGAAGCAGGCGAAGCUAGUUCAAGUGGCAGUGCACUAAACUAUGGCAGCUCUAGCAAUGCCAAAACAGAGCAUCUUAACAUCGGCGGUGGCCUGAGGAUUGGUGAAAGGCGACUGGUAGCUGACAAUGACCUUUCUCUGGAUGUGGACAUCAACCUCAAUGCCAACGUUAAUGAUCUAUGCGGUCAAAGUUCAAAUGCUAAUUGUGCCUCUCAAGAUCCUGAGCAGUACGGUGGCUGUAAUCGUAAUGGUAUAAAUGCUCAGCCAUCCAACCUGAGGUUACAUCCGUAUAGGACAUUCCUACUAGGUGCAGAGCAAACAGACUCUUUUACUUUGAAUCCUAGUGAAAAUCCUUUGGGUGAUUUUUCAUUAAUGCAAGAAGGCAUUGAUCAAAGACCAGGGAGUUCCCUGGAUGGUCGCCGGCUAGCAUGCAAGAGAAAAAAUAUUGAAGGAGCCAACGGGCAGAGUUCAGCAGGUGCUAGCACAAGUUAUUCCCACAGGAAUGAUAAUGCCUUCCAUAACAUUGCUUCUUCAAGUUACAAUCCUGCUCCUAUCAGAAAUUCGUCCUCUCCAAAUUGCUUGCUGGUUCCAAGUUCUAUUGAGGAUCAACUCCCACGUUAUGGAACUAAUGCAGGACUGUCAUCUGGUAGCUAUGAUCUUAAUGGAGGGAUCAACAAUGCUGGGAAUUCACAGAGAAGUUUCCGGGCAAGAACCACCACAGCUCAACAGAUUGCUCCCUGUACUGUAUGGCCCUCUUCAAAUGCUGUCAGACUUUCUAAUUCAUGGAAUCACCAGCCACCUCAUCUGCAGAGUACAUUUGAUGACCCCCAGGAGGUUAUUCCUGUGGUUAGUAGCCUGAACUUGCAAUACCAACAUCCAGUGAAUGUUCCUGGUGCCCCACAAGCUGCAAACCGUUUCACUGGUCAUGGAGCUUCAUCGUCACGAGCUGGCAGUUUGGAGAAUCGAGUUAUUGGUAGUGAAGAGGUUCUUAGGAGGAAUGUGGUGCCUACCAACUACUCUGAUUUAGUCCCCCCUGCUGCAGUAGACCUGAGGCGUUUGGUUCCAGAACCAUCUAAUUGGAGUUCUGAUGGCCGAGGCACUGCAGUAUCAGGAACUAUUCCUCCUGUAUCAAGAGCUAAUACCAGUUCAGCAGUUAACCCACCAGCAGGAUUCUCUCACCAAAACCUCAAUAGACGCCAUCCUCGAAAUUUGUCAGAGAUUGGUCGCCUAUCUGGAGCACUCCGUGGUCAUCAACCCCCACGCUUAAGGUCAGGUUUUCUGUUGGAGCGCCAAGGCGAUGGUGUUUGGGGUGUUCCUUUAUCAAUGAGGGGUAGGGAAGGAAGAAGAUUAAUGGAGAUUCGGAAUGCACUUGAAAUGAUUCAAAGGGGAGAGAAUGUAAGGCUUGAGUCUAUCAUCUAUGGUGGCGUCGACACUCAUGACAGACACAGGGACAUGCGUUUAGACAUAGACAAUAUGUCCUAUGAGGAGCUAUUAGCACUUGAGGAAAGAAUAGGAAAUGUUAGCACUGGCCUAAGCGAGGAAGCAGUGAUAAAGCUGCUCAAGCAAAGGAAAUUUUCAUCAUGGAGACUAAAAGCAUCUUUGGACCAUGAGCCAUGUUGUAUUUGCCAGGAGGAGUAUGUUGAUGGAGACAAUCUUGGGAGACUUGACUGCGGGCACGACUUCCAUGUUGGCUGCAUCAAGCAAUGGCUGGUGCUGAAGAAUGUGUGCCCCAUCUGCAAAAGCACCGCGCUGAAGACCUGAAACUGAACCGAGGCUCGUCAGAGGACACCCAUGUUCUAUGUUCAUUCGAUCGCAAGAUCAUUUACCGAUUCAUAUUGCUGUGCUUUUUGGUUGGGAAAUUUUGCCACUCACCUUCGAUUGGGAAAGGAAUUUUUUUUUAAAAAAAGGAGAGAAAUGGUCCCUGUAAACUGCUGGUGCAGUAAAUAAUCCCUGGAAUAUGUCUCCCUGCAUUUAACCAAAUAUUUAUGGCUGGUAUAAUGGAUGUCGUAGGUUUAAAAACUUCAA